UUACUUAUUUCUAUAUAAUGCUCCUACUAUCUGAUCUACUGCAUGCAUGCACUGUACUGUAUAUAUACUGGACUACUGUGCCUGCCUAAAGAGCUAGAGUUAGAGAGAGUGGCCGGGCUAUAAUGGCAGUACCACCAGGAGGAGCUCUGCUGACAUGUACCACCAGUCGGGGAGAUGAUUUGAGGGGAAGUGUGAUUGCUAUGGACGAGAAGACGAAAGUUGUCAUCAUCAAAGAAACCACUGACUCUGUUGGAGAUUCCGUCCAGAUUAUCAAUCUUCACCAUGUGUCAGAUCUCAAAAUAUCAGGCCACACCCAGCUCACCGCACCCACAAACCUCCCGGCCAUUAACCUGCAGAAGGUGCAACAAAGAUUGGAGCAAAACGUUGUCGCUAAACGGAAGAAAACCGAGAGCCGAGGGGUUAAUGUUUCAGAUGAGGCCCAACAGCUGUUCGACUCUUUGGCAAAACUUUACAGUGACACUCGGUGGAAGAGCAGUGAUAUAGUGAUAUUGAGUGAUGUCAGGAUCUCCCCUCCUUAUACACCUGACAGUUGUACGGGUUCCAACAGUCUCCUGGCUAGGAUUCAGAAGUUGGUACGGAAGUUUCAAGAGGACAAAAAGAACUGACUGAACUAUCUCUCUGCACACAUGAACCAUCUUAUAAUAACUCCAUAGUAUACUGAACACUCAUAUACCACAUUUCUUUCUAUACAACACAUGCUUUGCUGUUUUGUAUUGUAUCACAUGACAUGUCGUGUCUUAUAACUAGUCACAACUUGUACAUUGUUAUUUCCUGUACUUCCUCUAUAAUAAUUAUACACGUGCUAUUACAUG